AUGGUCAUUUCUGUCAAUGAUCUCCCGAACGAGAUCCUCGCUCAGAUCUUCUCCCACUUAGACCGACCUGCGCCUUCAGACUCGAAGCUCCAUGACCAGCCGUCGUCGUUCAUGCUACAGAAUCUCUUCUUCGAUCGAGACCUCAAGACGACUUCUCUCGUGUGCAAGCGAUGGCGGGACUCUAUUCUACCCGUUCUAUUCCGGCAUGUCGUUUGGACCUUCGACCGGUUUGAGCUGCCGCUCAUGGAAGAGACGGGGAACCCAUCGUCCGCGAUUGACUUUCUUGUUUUUCUCAGGGCUAACAACCUGAUCAAUUAUGUCAAAACUCUGACAAUGUUUGCUGAAGAUGCCAUGGGCGGCGUCUCCUCGGAUGGCGCCAGUAGUGCCACCCUCAUGGAGACCGGCUUCGCGAACAAAGCUUCCUACAGCGAAGACUAUAACUGGUUAUGGAGAACGAUCUUCGACCAUAUCGAUCCUAUCCGGCUUACAAUCAUCGCAUCGCCUCGAGUACUCGCGCAGUUACUAUCGCGCAUGCUCUUCCUCGGAGAUGCGUGGAACUUCUCCAUGCCCCAGCAUGUCCUGUCUCUCUCACGAAAAGACAAGAAGACAAUCACGACAAGGUACAAGUCAACCACCACAGCCUCGUCAAGCCGGGCACCCCCGCCAGAAUCACCGCACCAGAAACGUGUUCCCUGUGACCUCUUCACCAUCCGUCCGUGGCAAGCCCUCCUACUUAAUGAGGGUUCUUCGACCCGCGUCUACAAGACAUACGAGUUUUACCUCAAGCGUCCACCCUCCAUACUCGGUGCCCUCCUCGGAGCCGAAGAAUUUCCCAACGAUGAGCCAAUGAUCGCUCCGUCAAUCCGCGACCUAUCCUACGUCGGCAUCUUCCCCCUCUCUAGCCAUUUCAACACCCUCGUUCAGAAUAUCCCCCGCCUCGACCGCCUAUUCGUGCAGCUUGUGCCGCGCAACGACAUACUGCAGGACGUUGACGAGAUUCGCAACGUUGAUCUCGCCGAUCUGUGGAUGGAGCGUAAUACCUCUUAUUCGAUGCUGUUCCGCGAGCUCUUCGACCCGGACGAUGGCAGCCCCUGGCUCGACCUCAUGGUCUUCGAGAGCGGCGAUGCGGCAGACAAAGAAGCGUGGGAGAUGGCUGUGCAGUUUGUGCAGUUCAGUGGCGUUCAAGGAUGGAAGGUCGAGAGCGAGGGCGUCUUCGUGCGGGAUGGGGAGAAGGGCGCCAGCUCGAUUCUCGGGAUGUCCCAGUCAGUGGAGCCGGAAUCACCAUGA